CCGCGCCUCCCGCGUCCGGGGCUGGGCCAUGUCUACGGGUUCCCUGAGUGACGCCGAGGAGCUGCCGGAGAUGGACCUGAGAGGGCUGCAGCUGGAAUACCCGGUGCCGCCCCGCUCCAAGCGGCGUCCCCGAGGCGAGCCCUGCGCCUCGGUGGAUAAUUCCUCAGCAGCCGAAGAAGAAGAAGACGACGAGGAUGAGGAAGACGAAGGAGCCCUGGCGAGCUGCGGUGGCGGCGGCGGCAGCAAGCAGAAGAAGCGAGCCAAGGGGGCGUCUGCGGCGGGCGAAGGCGACGGCGGCAAAAGGCAGUCGCCGGCGGGCCGGAACGCGGCCGCGGCAGAGUGCAAGCAGACCCAGCGCAACGCGGCCAAUGCGCGCGAGCGAGCCCGCAUGCGCGUGCUGAGCAAGGCGUUCUCGCGCCUCAAGACCAGCCUGCCCUGGGUGCCGCCCGACACCAAGCUGUCCAAGUUGGACACGCUGCGCCUCGCCUCCAGUUACAUCGCCCACCUCCGGCAGCUGCUGCAAGAGGACCGCUACGAGAAGGGCUACGUACACCCGGUCAACCUGACAUGGCCAUUUGUGGUUUCAGGAAGACCAGAAUCUGACACCAAAGAGGUUUCAACAGCCAACAGAUUAUGUGGAACUACAGCUUAGUUAAAGUAAGAGAUAUUCAUCCUGGCUAUAACUACAAACUAUACGGAUUUCUAUAGACCGAAACAGACUGAUGCAAAGAAGUCAACUCUGUUAAAUGUUUCAACUCUCUCCUUGUUCAUUUGGAGUGAAAAUGCACUUAAAACAUAUAAUGAAGGAGGGAAAAAGAGAACUUACUGAAAUUGCUGCUUCAGCUAAAGUGCUGUGUUUGGAAUGAUUUUUUUUUCUGCAUCAGUACCUAAAGAACUGUUCUGAAGCUUUUUGACUAACUGAAGAUAUACAAGAGGAUAAUUUUAAUAGAAUUAACAGCAUGGACCAAAAUAUAGAUUGUACAAGCUAACCCCAAUCAGUGUUAUUUGUAUACCAAAGGAAAAUGGUAUUCUAGACUAGUGUUUAAACUCAAAUUUAUAAUAUAUUUGAACUUAUGUUCUUGGCAGCUAUGCAAUAGUAAGACUACUUCCAUCAUCUUAGUCAAACUUUUUUAAAGAAACCAAAGAAGAAAAGGUAGUAUCUGGUUGCACCUUUACAGCCUGCUCCACAAAUGCAUUAAAUCGAAUUACUUGGAUUUAAGCCACACAUAUGCAUUCCCAUUGAAGUUAGUGGCUAAAUUUGCUUAAAUGAAAGUGCCAGGCCUUGAGUGAGUCAUGGAUCAAAGUCAUUGAUAACUUCUUCUUGAACUGGGGCAAUUGAUCAUAUUUUUGUGCUGGAAGUAAAGUAGACUUUUCAUGGGGUGCAUUCAGCAAAGAUGUGUGAAGUUGCCUUAACCUGAAGCAGGAAGCCUGUUUACUUGAGACUGUGGAAGAUGUGCUGUACAAGAAGGUGGU